AUGGACCAGGCCUGGGACAGAGCCCAUGGGCCUUGGCCAAGCAUAGCCAGUAUCCGAGUGCGGGCGCUGAGCUGGCAGAGCCGGCACAAGCCCCGCCCCCAGAGCAAGGCCCCGGGCAGCCGAGGGGGCAGCCACAGCGGGCGGCUGCCGGAGGAGCACCUGUCACCUGCCCGACUGCAGGCCCUGGCCCAGGUGGAUGACCUCCGACUGGUGAGCGUGCUGGAGCUGUGUGUCAACACCCACGGGAACAGCCUGGGGAACUUUGGGCUGCACCUGCCCAACCUCAGCCAGCUGAAGCUGAAUGGCAGCUGCCUGGGCUCCCUGAGGGACCUGGGCACCUCCCUGGGCCGCCUGCAGGUGCUGUGGCUGGCUCGCUGCGGCCUGGCUGACCUGGAUGGCAUCGGCUCCUUCCCGGCCCUGAAGGAACUCUACCUUUCCUACAACGACGUCUCGGACCUGAGCCCGCUGUGCCUGCUUGAGCAGCUGGAGGUGCUGGACCUGGAGGGCAACUGUGUGGAGGACCCGGGGCAGCUGCGCUACCUGCAGCUGUGUCCGCGGCUGGCCACGCUCACCCUGGAGGGCAACCCGCUAUGCCUGCGGCCCGGCCCCGGCCCCGCCCACCAGGUGCCCCAGGGCUACAACUACCGGGCAGAGGUCAGGAAGCUCAUCCCCCAGCUGCAGGUCUUGGAUGAGUUGCCGGCCACACACACACGCCUGCCAACCUCCCGAAAGCUGGACCACGACUGGCUCGUGGUGAAGGAGGCCAUCAAGGAGGGCAGCGUCCUGGACAGCCUGCUCCCUGGGCUGGGUCUCUCAGAGCUGGAGAGCCGCCUCGUGUCCCUUCUCAGCCACGAACCCCCCGCCCCUGCCCCGUCCCCAGAGCCCUGCACACCCACCCCCACGCCAGGACACCCUCCCUGUUCUCCCCACGGAUCCCCCAUCUGGAGAUGCAGCCCCGAGCUAUGCUCACCUGAGGUCCAGCGCAGGGCCCCCAGGCCCUGGCCCUGCGCCCUGCCGGAGGACGACGCCAGCAGUCUCACCCACGGUGCCAGCCGGGUCCUCUGUGGAAACCCCGCCAAAGGCCUGCAGGAGCGCCGGCACCAGUGCCAGGCUGGGGCGCACCCAGCGAGGCUGCCGCCUCCUGGGCCCGAAGACCUGGCCACCCGGGCCUCCGCGCCAGGGCCUGACCCUGCAGACAGCCACCACCUCCUGGCCUCGGCCGGGCUUCCGGCCUUGAGGGAGCUGCGCCUGCGCCCUCUCCCCAGUAGGUGCCUGGAGUCCCGGGAGGAGGGGGCUGCCGCCCCCAGGGGCCCACAGAGGGGCCCUGAAGAGCAGGACGAGGCUGGGCCCACAACUCGCCCCCGCCCCCCGAGCCUGGCCCCAGAGCCUUCCAGGACCCUGGGCUACAACCUGACCCCCUCUCCUCCCAAGUCCCUCAUGCCAUCUGACAGGGGCAGCAGCUCCUGGGCGUCCACAGAUCUGCAGUUUCAGGGGCAUCGCCUCAGAGCCCUGGGUAGUCUGGGGCCUGGCGUGGGUCAGGGGCUGGCUGCAGUGACUGCUCUGAGAGCCCUAGAGGUGGCCUCAGGCCCCAGCCCUCGAGCCGAAGGCUGUCCAGGCCCAAAGCCAGCGCCAGAUCCAGCAGCCAGACCCCCAGCCUCCAGUGCAUGCCGCACCUGA